AUGGAAUCAGAAAGAUCUAAUAACAUCCCUCCAUUGGCCAUUGAAGAAGAAAUAUUUGAUGAGAAUAUACCUGACAGAAGUAUCCCUUAUCACACUAUUCAACUCACUGCACCUAUUAAUUCUCAAAGAAAAUCUGCUCAAGGAGGAUCUGAAACGUGUUCUUUCUGUAAUGAACCUGAUCUAUUAUUUGAACUUGAUAGAGCUAAUCUGGAACCAGUCUUAUCCAACAAAUCACAAGACUUUAAUCCGUUGCCGAUGAUAAAUGUGAAAAUGGAAAACCUCAUAACUCCAGAUAUGGCGUUCGUCGAAUUACACAAUAAAAUACUUGAUGCUGAAAAGAUUCUUAAAAAAAAAACACGUGAAGUAUCCUGCAUAGAAUAUGAAAUCCUUGACUCACACUAUCCUCUCGAGGAAGCAUUAGAGAAGAAAUUGGCUUAA